CCCACUCCCAGCAGUACCGAAUCCACGACAGGAACUAAAACCGAGCCCACUUCCGGGGGAUCUUGGACGCCAUCAACAUCUACUAGCGAAAAACCCACUCCCAGCAGUACCGAACCCACGACAGGAAGUGGCACCCAGUCCACUUCCGGGGGAUCUUGGAAACCGCAAACAACGACAACCGUGAAACCCGCCACCAACAGUACGGAACCAACACCAGGAAAUAGCUCGUCUACGAGCACUGAGGAGCCUUGCAACACGCAACCAGAAACACCAAAGAGCUCAAUCUCGACAAGUACAAAGGCCACAACUGAAAGCACCACGCAGUCGACCUCCGGAGGACCUUGGACGCCAUCAACAACUACUAGCGAGAAACCCACGCCCAGCAGUACCGAACCCACGGCAGGAACUAAAACCGAGCCCACCUCCGGGGGAUCUUGGACGCCAUCAACAUCUACUAGCGAGAAACCCACUCCU